GCAUCUCUCCCUCUCUCUGCCAAACUGUACUAAACUUUCACAGAUAUAUUUUUAUCAUUGUGUGUACUUUAACUGAAUUUAGCUCCUUUAAAGUUAAAAAAAUAAUUCAUUGAUAUACAUGUAUGUAAUUUAUAUACCUGCUGAUAAGUGAAAAAAAAAAAAACAAAAAAAAUAGUAUUAAAUUUUAAACUAUUACUAUAUUUGGUUUGAAGUUUUAUUUUGCUUUGACGUGAAACUGAUAGUCUACAGAGUGGUAGAGUUAAUUGACUACUUGCCCAUUGACAUUGAAAAUAAUAAUUUUUUUUUAAUUAUAUUUAUAAAUUAUUAUUAUAUUUAAAAUGGUCGUCAAGGUUUAUAUAUCGGGUAUCAGCGGUAACAAAGAAGUCAAAAAAAGACAGCAAAGAGUACUUAUGAUACUUGAUAGUAAAAAUGUACAAUAUGAGGUUAUUGAUAUAACUGAACCAGGUAAAGAAGAUGAUAAAGAAUUUAUGCAAACAAAUAGUAAAACUAGAGAUAGCAAGUAUCCUUUACCACCUCAAAUAUUUAAUGAAGAUAAUUAUUGUGGGGACUAUGAGAGUUUUGAUUUAGCUAAUGAAAUUGAUGAACUUGAUAUAUUUUUAAAAACAAAUGAACUUGAUAGUCAAGAUGAUAAAUCAAUUGAUGACAGUAGUUCAAAAAAUAAACAAAAUGGAAACUCAUCAAGUCGAGAGAUGUCAACAGAUAAAGAUUUAUCAGAAAAUGAGAAAGAAAUUAAAGAUACAACAGAAGUUGAUGAUGACAUUGUUGAUGAUAAUGGAAUAGUAGAUGAGGAUGAUGAUGCUGAUGAUGCUGAUGUUGAUGCUGAUGAUGAUGAUGAUGUUGAUAAAACUGUUAAAAAGGUCGAAGAGAUUAAUCAAAAUAAUUCAGAGAAAGAUGAACAACAAGAACAAGAAGAAUGAAUUAUUUAUUUAAAAUAGUUUUUUUUUUUUUUUUUUUUUCAUAUAUUUAUAAAUAAUAUUAUAUGUGAAUUUAUUAAAUAGAUCACAACGUUGAAAUGAUCAUUUGAAAUUAUUUUAUACAACUAAGUUCAAUACAACUCAAAAAUAAAAUUAUUCAUUUUUUUUUUUUUUUUUAAUAAUAAGUUUGCUCAUUUAAAAAAAAAAAAAAAUAGAAAGUGGCCUAGUUAUUGUCAACUUUCUUUAAUUUUUAAUGCUUAAUGAAAAUAAAUUUGAAUUAAAACUUGGAAUUGAAACAAAAAAAAAA